AUGAAUCCAGUCUGUUAAAUUUCCUCAUCUCAAUUUUAAACUUGGUUGCUUAAGACUGAAGCAAUCAUGGUGAACCUGAGGAAAGCAGUGCACUCAUUCCUUGUGCACCUGAUUGGCCUAUUGGUUUGGCAAUGUGAUAUAUCUGUGAGCCCAGUAGCAGCCAUAGUAACUGACAUUUUCAAUACCUCCGAUGGUGGACGCUUCAAAUUCCCAGACGGGGUACAAAACUGGCCAGCACUUUCAAUUGUCAUAAUAAUAAUCUUGACAAUAGGUGGCAACAUCCUCGUUAUCAUGGCAGUAAGCUUGGAAAAGAAACUGCACAAUGCCACCAAUUACUUCUUAAUGUCCCUAGCCAUUGCUGAUAUGCUAGUGGGACUACUUGUCAUGCCACUGUCUCUGCUUGCAAUCCUUUAUGAUUAUGUCUGGCCACUACCUAGAUAUUUGUGCCCCGUCUGGAUUUCUUUAGAUGUUUUAUUUUCUACAGCGUCCAUCAUGCACCUCUGCGCUAUUUCGCUGGAUCGGUAUGUAGCAAUACGUAAUCCUAUUGAGCAUAGCCGUUUCAAUUCACGGACUAAGGCCAUCAUGAAGAUUGCUAUUGUUUGGGCAAUUUCUUUAGGUGUAUCAGUUCCUAUCCCAGUGAUUGGACUGAGGGAUGAAGACAAGGUGUUCGUCAACAACACCACCUGCGUGCUGAAUGACCCAAAUUUCGUUCUUAUUGGGUCCUUCGUAGCUUUCUUCAUACCGCUGACAAUCAUGGUGAUUACCUACUGUCUGACGAUUCACGUCCUUCGCCGCCAAGCUCUGAUGUUACUGCACGGCCACACCGAGGAACCGCCUGGAAUAAACCUGAAUUUCCUGAAAUGCUGCAAGACGAACACCAAUGAAGAGAAUUCUGCAAACCCGAACCAAGAUUUGAACCCACGCCGAAGGAAGAAGAAAGAAAGACGGCCUAGGGGCACCAUGCAAGCUAUCAACAAUGAACGGAAAGCCUCGAAGGUUCUUGGAAUUGUGUUCUUUGUGUUUCUGAUCAUGUGGUGCCCGUUUUUUAUUACUAAUAUUUUGUCGGUUCUUUGUGAGAAGGCUUGUAAUCAAAAGCUCAUGGAAAAGCUUCUGAAUGUGUUUGUUUGGAUUGGCUAUGUUUGUUCAGGAAUUAAUCCUCUGGUGUACACUCUUUUCAACAAAGUUUACCGAAGGGCUUUCUCCAACUAUUUGCGCUGCAAUUAUAAGGUAGAUAAAAAGCCUCCAAUCAGACAAAUCCCGAGAGUUGCUGCCACUGCUUUGUCUGGGAGGGAGCUUAAUGUUAACAUUUACCGGCACACCAAUGAACCAGUAAUUAAGAAAGCUGAUGACAAGGAGCCUGGUAUAGAGAUGCAAGUUGAGAAUUUGGAGCUACCGGUUAAUCCCUCCAAUGUGAUUAGUGAAAGGAUUAGUAGUGUGUAAGAAAGAGCAGCACAGUCUUUUCCUAUGGUAAAGCUACAAAUGUAGAAAAUUGUUCUUUAAUUCUGCCGGUCAUAACUAAUGUAAAUAUUGCCGUCUGAAAAGUGUGUUUUAUAUAUAGCUUUGCAAUCCUGUACUUUACAAUCAUGCUUACAAUAGUGAGAUUUAGGGUUCUAUAUUUACUGUUUAUAAUAGAUUGAGAAUAACUUAUUUUAAUUGAUG